UCCCGCCGGCGGCGCGCGCGGUUCCAAAGGCGGCGGGAAGCGGGAGGCUCCUUGAGGGGCCGGCCCGGAGCAGUCGGGGCCCUGCGGCAGCGGAGCAGCGGUACAGGUGUGAGCUGCAGCGUCGCGCUUUAUCUUCUUCAUAUGCCCGGCUCAUUGAUACGUGCUGUAUACAUCCGUCAUCCGUACAUACAUAACAUCUACGUCGGUCUGCGCUGAGGAACUGGGCUUUACCGCCUUUGGAGUGAGCUGGCCAUAAUAGUAUGAAGUAACAAAAAUAGUCUGAACAAAGAUUUCCCGUUCUCUCCCAAGCACAGACGUUAAGAAAGGCGAUUUGUAUCUUUUUCGUUAACUUCGUCCUCGGUUUUGUAUUCUGCAGCAUAUAAUAAACAGCAAAAUGUCCUCAAAGAAGAAAAUAAAGAAGAAUCAUACCAGCUACAAACUAGAGAAGCAGAAAGCCAACUCCAGUCUUCGUUGGAAAUCACUUUCACUUGAGGAGCCAGAUGUCUCAAGGAUAUUGAAGGUAGCAGAAACAAAUCAACUUGAAGACCUUAAUGAUUCCUUUGAUCACCCUUUGCACAGUACUGCUGUGGAUGCUUAUGGAGAGGAACAGUCACAAAACGAGGCACUCAGUCAAGUUUCGGCACCACAAAGGCAAAACGCAGACAGACGGUCUGGUGGAAAAAAAAUUAAAUUUAAAAAACCACAUAGCUCAAAGCCCUCCGAUGGUGAUGUUCAAAAAUUCAACACAGCUGAUUCUGAAGAGGAAGCCCUUAAGGAGACUGUGAAGACUCCAAAAACUACUCGAUUCCAGGCAGAAGAGAGGCAGUCUUCAGAGGAGAAUACAUCCGAUUCUUCUGUGGAUAGCCCACGUUCUGUACAGGUUUGGUGUCCCAAAGAGCUGAAGAGAUCUACUAAAGAUAUUACAGAACUGGAUGUUGUUCUGGCCAAAGUUGAGAAGAUAGCAGCAGAUUACAGACAAAGCAUAGAAUCAGACAUUGGCAGAAAGGCUAUCAGUGACUUCUCUUCUGCUUUCAAGGACCAAAUCACUGACCUUAUAGCAGGAGUCCAGGAAUUAAAGAACAUAAAGAAAAAAAACGCUAAGGCAAUAACAAACAUCAAAAAGAAAAGGCAGCAACUGGUGCAACUCAGAGAAGAGCUAAUUGGAGCUGAACCACAACUGACACAACUACAAAGAGAAUAUGCUGAGGUACAGGAAAGGAAAUCUUCCUUGAGGCAAACAAUUGAAUUAAUUACUGAUUUAAAGGAGAUACAGCAAGACUGUUUGGACUACAGAGAAGAAAACCCUAAAGAAAAAGUGGAAUAUGGAAUUUCCAGCCUCCCAGCUCUUCUAGUGGAGUCUCAGAGAAUUCUAGGAGCAGAAAGGCACUUUGAGAGUAUCAAUAUGAAACUGGAAGAAGCUCUGGCUGCAGAAAAAGAGCAGAGAUCAAAGAAAAAUUAAGUGUCUUUUUAAGACUUUCAGACAUUCAGAAAGAACAGUUAUUAGAAUUGUCAGUGCUUAAAGCUUGUUUAAUCAUUGUUACUCUAUUUUAUUUCAGUGUUUAAAAGCAGUCAACAACUUAGAGAUUGUAUCUUAUUGUCAAAUAGUCUCAGAAUAUGAGUGUAAGGAAAAGACAACCACAGUUAAUAAAACUUUCCUGUACUCUGAACAAUGUUGAGUGUUAAUCUUGUGCUAUUAAAAUAAUCUUGAGUGGAAUAUAUUUGUAAAGAGACUCUGGUUGAACAAAGAUGAAUAAACAAAUCUUUUAAUUGAA